GCGCGCACGCACGCGCUUGCCUCUUGUAAACAGAAGCUCACACGCGGACAAAGGGACGAACGCGUUCUUCGGGGCGAGAGGACCGCAGGUGAACCGGGCAGGUGUCGCUAUGACAACGGCCGACGUUACGAAGCCCGCUGCUCGCCGCCGUGUCCGAGCGCGUGCGGCCGCCUGAACCUUCCUUCAUGCCCGGAUCCCCGAACCCGACGGCCGGCAGGGGGGAUAACCGACGUCCGCUGCGUUUUUCUCCGGCUCAGGCGCAGCUGGCGGCGGGUAAACAAAAGCCGCCUUUUGUCUCGCGUCUUACGUCGGUCGGUCCAUUCGCUCCGGGCGCGUUGAAGCGUACUUUACAGCUAGCGUUAGCUAGCUAGCGCGAGCCGUUAGCCUCCAACUUACGUCAGAUUCUGUUUUGUUUUUUUUAGCAAGCGAGCGAUUAUCUUUUUUUUUUUUUUUUUUUUUAACUGGCUGGAUGAGAUGUCAUUCACGAUGGAGGACAACUUGGAGUCCGAGUGGGUCUCCGUCCGACCGAGAGUCUUCGACGAAAAGGAACGGCACAAAUUUGUCUUCAUCGUGGCCUGGAACGUCGUCGAGGGAAAGUUCGCCAUAACCUGCCACAACAGAACCGUCCAGAGGCGGACUACUUUGCUCCUGGACCCGCUCGUCGACGACGACGGCGCCGCCGCCGCUUCGCUCCCUCCGCCGGGCCCCUCCGCGGCGGAAAGACACGCGGCAGGUCCGAAAGAAGAAGUCUGCGCAGCGGGUAAAGUUGGACCACACUCUCCCCUCAAAGGAAAGACCGCUGUCCGGGACAGAAAUGCCCUGAAGCCCUGUGGUUCGGAGGCAUCCGAACGCGUCAGCCCCACGCUGGCGUCCUGGGACGUCGUGACGCCGAAAGCGAUCGACAUCGAGAUCCUGGACCCCGUGGACGUCCUGCCCUCCCCGGAGGACGGGGACAGCAGCGGCCGCGAGGACUUCAGCUGGGCCGGGCUGUUCUCCUUCCAGGACCUGAGGGCGGCCCACCUCCAGCUGUGCGCCGUCAACUCGGACCUGGAGCCGUGUCUGCCCCCCUUCCCCGAGGAGCAGUCCGGCGUGUGGUCGGUGCUCUUCGGCGCCCCCGAGGUGUCCCAGCGGGAGACGGACGCCCUGUGCUACCAGCUGCAGGUGUACCUGGGUCACGCCCUGGACACCUGCGGGUGGAAGAUCCUCUCGGAGGUGCUCUUCUCCGAGAGCGAGGACACGGAGGAGUACUACGAGAGCCUGAGCGAGCUGAGGCAGAAGGGCUACGAGGAUGCCCUGGGGAGGGCCAAGCGAGGCAUGCAAGAGGUGUUGGACAAACACAAAGCCACGGACAGCAUGGUGGAGCUGCUGCAGGUGUACCCCGAGGAGGACGAGGCGUACGGGGAGCUGCUGGAGGCGACCACUCAGCUCUACCACUACCUGCUGCAGCCUUUCAGGGACAUGAGGGAGCUGGCAAUGCUGCGGCGACAGCAGAUUAAGAUCUCCCUGGAGACGGAGCGCCUGGGUCCCCGUCGCGUGGAGGGCCUGAGGAAGGAGGACGAGGAGUGGCAGAGGAAGGCGCACGCCGCCGUCCUCUCCAUUCAAGACCUGACCGUCAAGUUCUUUGAAACCACGACGCGGGCGCAGAAAGCUUUGCACGAGCGGAUGCGCGCCGACCAGAAGCGGUUCGGGAAGUCGGCGUGGGCGGCAGCGGUGGAGCGCAUGGAGCGGCUGCAGUACGCCGUUUCCAAGGAAACGCUGCAGCUGAUGAGGGCCAAGGAGAUCUGCCUGGAGCAGAGGAAGCACGGCCUGAAGGAGGAGAUGCAGAGCCUGCAGGCCGGCGAGGACGCCAUGCUGCGCGUGGACCAGCUGGAGGAGCGCUACUACGAGCUGCAGCUGCAGCUGUACGACGUCCAGGCGGAGGUGCUGCGCUGCGAGGAGCUGCUGCUCAGCGCCCAGCUGCAGAGUCUCCGCAGGCAGAUGACGGAGCGCCAGGAUGAGGUCGUGUACUACGACGCCUUCGAGAGCCCCGACGCCAUGAAGGGGGGAGAAGGUCCCGCCACCCCGCCCCCCCCCCUCAGAGAAGAAGACCUCGGCGUCCUGCAGCAGAGGACGCGGCAGCUGGAGGCCCGCAGGGGCCGCAUCACCGCCAAGAAAGUCUACCUCAAGAACAAGAAGGAAAUCUGUAUCGUCAAUCACAACCAAAAGAUCCAGCAGCGCCGAGGGAGCCUCGUGUCCCUCCAGACCCCCCAGCAGGGAGGCGGAGCCGAGGAGGACAACGACGAAGCCCAGAGCAGCGCCAGGGUGAGUCAGGAGAGGCAGAGGACUCUGGACCGACUCCGCAGCCUCAAGCUGCGCUACCCCGGUCAGGUGACCCUGAAGUCCAGCCGGCUGCGUCUGAGUCAGCCGCCCGGCCGCAGGAGGGCCGGUCAGCAGCACGCCACCCACUCGGCCGGCGUUCAGACCGACCUGCCGGAGCUCUCCGCCCCCCCGCCGGCCGGCGCCUGCAGCUGCGACGGCGUCUCUUUACCCACAAUUCAGCUGGACGACCUCGACUCUUCGCCCCCUUUCCUCUCGCUGCCUGCGCUCUCGCUGAAUGCCGCUGCUCCUCAUCCACCGCCGCCACUUCCCCCCCCGCCUCCUCCUCCUCCACCUCCUCCCUCAGAGGACCAGCAGCAGGGGGGGGGCGGGGAGAACAGUCCCCGUCCGGUGCGGCGCCCCCAAUGCGAGUCCGACCCGCUGCCCCUGGCUGCGUUCUCCCCUCGGUUCUUCGACAGCAGCCAGCUGCAGACGGCGAGGAAGAAGCUGAAGAAGACGGCGUCGCUGGACUCGUCGCAGUGGAGGAGAGCGAGCUCCCCGAUGGACGAGGUGCUGGCGUCGCUGAAGCGCGGCUGCUUCCACCUGAGGAAGGCGGAGCUACGGGUCCUGGCCCCCGACCCGGACGACGACGCCGACAACAUCCUGGCCCAGAUCCGGCAGGGCGUGCGGCUGAAAAAGGUUCGGACCCGGCCGGAGCAGCAGCGCAGCGCCAGGAGCUUCACGCACUCGGCCGACGCGCUGACCCGCAGCAUCCACGAGGCCCUGCGGAGGAUCAAGGAGGCGUCGCCCGAGUCCGAGUCGGAGGACGAGGGCCUCCCCUGCACCGACUGGGAGAACUAGCUCGGCCGGAUGGAAGGUUUUCUUUUUUUAGGGGGGGGGGGGAAGGGGGCGUGGAGGCAAAAUGAAGAGACAACCAGCAGCGUCCCGUCGCCCGCAGGUGCAAUUUGAACAAAAACAACAACAAAAAACUUGAUUCUUUUUUUUAUUUUAUUCUCUUUUUAUAUAUUUCGGCAAACCGCUCAGAAGUACGUUUUGCUUUUGUUAUUCCUACUUCUGUGUGUCGUUUGUGACGAUGGACCACUGAUCUUUUAGUCUUUCAUGUCGUUCUUGAGCGAGGAUCUGACCUCUGACCUCUGACCUCUCGAGUCGUACUGUAGCUUGCUGUGAUGGGUUUGUUUUUAGGAAGUGAGCGUUUUGUUUUUUGCGUGCGGAUUCUUCCCUCAAAUAUGUUUGCUGUACACUUUGACAUUCAACCACUCGUUGAGUCCUCCCCCCCCCCCCUCAAAGGAAUAGUUUGACAUUUUGGGAGCUUCAUGUUUUAGUAAACAAGCUCACAGCAAAAAGAGAGAAUAUCUGUAUUUCUCUAAACAUGUCAAACUUGUUGCUAAUUUAGGUCAUUUAUAUCAUCUGGGUGAGAAGAAUUUUAAAAAUAUUAAUAUAAAUUUGUGUAUUCAGCUUUUAGCAUUUUUCACUUUCACAAAAUAAUUAUAUAAUAUAUAUAAUUUAUGCAUAUGAAGGUGAAUAUGAGCCUAAAUAUUUUAGGGGAAGGAUAUCAGAGUCCACUGUAACGCCAUCGUCUGUUCUGACAUCAACAUGAAAAGCUGACGCUUAAUUCUGCAAACUUUCCAGAAUCUCACAGAAUAAGAAUAAGAGCAAACAAGAGACCCAUCGAUAUUCACCGUGUUGGUGGGAUGAUACAAAUAAACCGGUUUUACAGAGAAUCAAACUUUUAGAAGCACCUGAAGUUUUAUUAGAUAUUUAUAAAGAAAUUCUAUCUGUUGACUUUUGCAUCCCCUGAUUUUUCUCCAAGGAUGCUAUUUGGACCGGGUCUAUUUAUAACUAUAUAUAUAUAUAUAUAUAAACACACAUACAGUACCAGUCAAAGGUUUGGACACAUUUUCCCAUUGAACUCAAUGAGAAAAUGUCUAAACGUUGUCUAGACUAUACUUCUCUGGUUGUAGCUUUUAAAAAGUGAUGGACUUGCUGCUUUGUUUUCUUCACUUUGUCUGUGAAACCGUUUCUUUGCACAAAAACAAGCCAUUUGGAAAAAAAAUCGCCAUUUUUCACUAUUUUGUAGAUUCGGGCGAUGAAUCGAUUCCUGGAAAAAAGAAUGAAUGAAAUCCACUAACCAUUCAUUCACAAAUGUCAAAGAUGCCCCCCCCCCUCCUUUUUUCAUAGUGUACUUACAUAGGUUUCCCUGGCAGCAUGUUGAAGCCCGUCUGCAGGGAUUAGUGGAGUCUGAGGCUCCAGCGCCCCCUGCUGGGUGAGACCCGGGUCAACAUUCACAGAUCAUGUGAUCGUUUUAUUUAUUUGUACUGUCAUUUUAUUAAUGCUAUAGAGUCCUCUCUCUUACAACUGCCUUCAAACAGUCGCUUUCCAAGUUUAUUUACUUACUGGAUUUGUUGUGUGUGUGUGUGUGUGUGUGUGUGUGUGUGUGUGUGUGUGUGUGUGUGUGUGUGUGUGUGUGUGUGUGUGUGUGUCUAUGAUUUUUAUACCUGUCUCCAUUAUUACACGGUGUCAAACGUUAACCUUUACUCACCUGUAUUUAACACAUAAUGCACUGAGAUCCAGGGUUACAUUUUUUUUAAAGUAAACGUUUGACUUUUGGAGGGUAGAAUUCAAUCAUCUUAUUUCCGGCCGAGAGUUUGUGGAGAAGAUUAAAUAAAACGGUUUGAGUGGUAAAUCUGGAGCUACGAUACAGCCGAUGGUUAGCUUAGCAUAAAGACUGGAAACAAGGGGGCACUGCUAGCCUAACAUUCCGUUGCUGGGGGGGGGGGUAUUGAGAUAAGCGUUGAAUAUUGAAUUUAAAUUAAAAUGAGACGCUACUGUGGCCCUGAAUCUGUAGUUUUUAAAUCCUUUGCUGAAAUAAAUGUGAUGUAACCUGCUAAUAUGGUAGAUUGUGUGUUAGCUUUAGAACGAGCUAAGCUAACGCCAUCUGUCCAGCCUCGUUUCUGCUCUUUAUGCUAAGCUAAGCUAAUUGUCUUUAAAUGGGCCGCACAGAACUCCUGAAAGUUAUUUCAAUUUUCUCCCCCACCUCUGAACGAGAGAGUAGAGCAAAGCGUAUUAACUGUCAAACCGUCCUCCGUAAACACAGCAGAGUCACAGCGGCCAAGUGUCAAAAGCCAUCGUGAGCUUUUUAUCGUUUUGCAUGCAGUGAGAUUCCGUUUCUCCUCCAUCUGCUGAGAUCUGCACCCUGACACCAGUUUAACCUUUUCACGACCUUAUGCAUGUGACUGGUUUAGAGACGAACCCAUCACAACUUAAGUGCAAUAAGAAGAGAAGUCAUUUUUAUGAAUUGAAUACUGUAAUGUCAAAUUAUAUCCGCAUGCCUAAAUGUAUUGAAGUAUUUAUUGAAACUUCAUAUUUUAAAUGAUUUUUAAAAAGCAUACAAAUGUAAAUGUACUUUAUUAUAAAGUUUUGUUUUUGUUGCUCUUUUUGGUUCCUAUCAUGACAUUCCUCUUUGCUUUCUAUAUCCUUAUAUAUUUUUUCCCUUUCAAAAUAAAAUUAAGCACCAACA